AUGAUCAAUCUAAAAAAGGGUAAAACUGAAGUCAUGCUUAUUGGAACAGCUAAACGUUUAUCGCUAAAUACUAACGACUGCACUGCUAAUUAUAGAGACACUCAAAUCAACCAUGUUGUCUCUUACAAAUAUCUGGGAAUUUUGAUUGACAGUACACUAAACUUCAGCCAGCAGUUUGAUAGAUCAUACAAAAAAGCCAGUUCGAGAAUUAGACUGCUUGAAAGAAUUAGACCUAACAUCACUAAAAAAGUAGCUGAAAUGAUCAAUCGGUUGAUGAUUCUACCUGUUUUUAAUUACUGUUCGAUAGUUCAUUCUGAUCUCACCAAUGUUCAAAUUGACAAACUGCAAUCCCUUGCAAAUCGAGCUAGACGCAUUGUCAGUGAUCACGAAGUUAAAAUUCCGUAUAUUUACAGCGAGUUGUUGAAACAGUCGUGCAUGUUUGUGAGGAAGUGUUUGGAUGGAAAUGUUUGUGCUAGCUUCGAAAACUACUUUGAAAAGGUGAAUCACCAAGUAAACACAAGAAGCUCGAAUACCUCAAUAAAACUUCCUAAAGUAAAACUUUCAACAUCAAAGAAGUCAUUUUAUUAUUUUGGAGCAAAAUUAUAUAAUGAGCUCCCUUCGCAUAUAAAACCUGAAGAAAAUAUUCAAGGAUUUAAGAUUUUGUUAAAUGAUCACGAUUUUUAA